CACAUCGUCAACAAUACCAGGGUAUAGGAUAAUGAAAAGUAUCGGUCUAGUGAGUGGAAGUACAGUGAGAACACGUGAUGCCAUUAAAGAUAUACGUUCGGGCCUCCAAAGCCUAUUUGGUGGGGAAUUGGACCAAUACACAACAUUGAUGCAUGAGAGUCGUCUAGAGGCAAUAGACAGAAUGAAAGAGGCGACACUCUCCAAAGGAGGGAACGCUGUGGUCGGUGUAAGAUUCAAUUCAUCUAAUAUUGCAGCCAACGCAUGUGAGGUUAUGGUUUAUGGCACUGCAGUGGCUGUCGAGGAGGGGACGACUGAGAAGAGACAUAAGGACAUGGACAAAUGA